CCUGUCUUCGGAUAAGCAUCGGCGGGGAAGGAGGCUGAACUGCUGCAUGAGCUCCUGUUGAAGACAACAACAGCUCAAGGGUUGUGCUGAGCUGUUGUGUGAUGCAGUUAGUGACUGUCAUCAUGUGAUGUCAGUUGGUGCUGCUGGAAGUGGUGCUCAGUGCAGGAUUAUUUGAUGUCCAUGUGUUGCACCAACUCAGGGGAUGGGACCUUCUGAAGAAAAUUGUCCUCCCAACCAGCUGAAGCACAAUGGAGUCGGUCUGUGAAGUCUGCUCAGCAAUAAAAAGCCUCAAUGAAUCUUACAAUGAAAAGCUCUCUACCAAAAACUUCCCAACUACAAAGCCAUGUAUAUCAAGCACUGAUGUGGCAACCAUCAACAACUUCAUCAAUAACCUAAACCAUCG